AUGGCCUCAGACGCCGAGAUCAAGGCCCAGCUGAAGGCUUUCGUCUUCGGAGGGGAUGAGUGGCCUCGAGCACCGAUCUGGCACCAACCAGAAGAGGUCGGUCUCAAGUACGAGACCAUCUUCUUCCCUGCCACAGAUGGCAUACCCAUCGAGGGCUGGUUCAUGCCUCGUCAAGACUCCAACCAACUCAUCGUCUGCGUCACCCCACGUUGGUUCAACCGCGCUGGCUUCCCAGCGCAUCUGGAGCCCUGGAAUACCCUCCUCCCAGGCAACGACUACGACGUGGACUUUGUCAAGGACUACAAACUCCUCCACGACGCUGGCUACAACGUCGUCUGCUUCGACAAUCGAAACUUUGGAUACUCUGGCGCAGCCAACGGCGGCAUCACCUCACCGGAGCUAUGCGCCAGGGACGUCAUCGGCGCUCUCAACUAUGUCCGCCUACGUGAGGACACCAAGGCCAUGACCAUCGGUCUGUUCAGUCGCUGCAAUGGCGCCGCCGCCACAAUGUAUGCCAUGCAGGAGCACCCAGAGGUAUUCGAGGGUAUUCGUUGUAUGGUGGCGCCUCAGCCGUUCUCUCACAACGUCUUCUUCGCGCAGACACUUAAGCGAAUGGGGCUCCCAGACAAGUACAUGGAAGACAUGAGACAAUACUUCCAAGUCAAGACAAGUAUCGAUCUCGACGACAUGGGAGUCAUGCCCUGGCCCAAAUCAGUUCGUGUGCCAACGCUGAUGUAUCAAGUGUGGGACGAUCCCGUUGCUACGAACGAUGAUGCGCAGGAGAUCUUCGAUGCUAUUCCGAUCGAGGAGAAGAAGCUGCAUUGGAUCACAGGGACGCAGGUUCGGUUUGAAGGGUAUACUUUCUUCCAGAAGCAGCCAGAGAUGGUUUUGGAGUGGUUCGCCAAGUACAUGGCAUGA